ACACUCAACACUUCGCUCGACAGAAUUCCAAGAUGAGCCUGACCCUGAAGCAGAAGGCGCGAGAGACGCGCAUCCUGGCGGCGGAGGCGAGGGCGCACGAGGCCAACGCAUCCGCCUACAGGCGAAAGUGGGAGGAGAGUCAGGAGGAGCUGCGACAGAAGAGGCGACCGUCGAAGGGCGCGGGGGCGGUCGAGGCCGCGCUGCUUGAAUCCACUGCGAAGCUGUCAUACUAGAAGUUUCUUUUUUUAAUCCCAGUG